GCACACAUUAAUGUUGAGUUAUGUUCAUGAGCAGGUCCAGUUGUCGCAACGUACCAUCCAUUAUUUGUUUUUAAACCGUGCUUUCGUUCGUAUUCAGCUCAUGAGGUGUGUUGUAUGCAUGGGUGUAUAAGGAGAAGGUUAUGUUGUGGUCGUAUGUCGGGGCUCCAUGACGCUGCUGCUCCGCUGAUUGACCGCUGAGUGUAGUGUUGAGGUGCCGUGCGCUCUCUGCCGUGCUGCUGCUGCUGCUGCUGCUGUUGCAGGGGGAGCGUCCGUCCACAGCCUGCAGUGCUGCGAUGUGCGGCCGCCUCGUUUGUCUCUUGGCUGCUCCAUUUUUCCACAUCUGAUCCCAUUUGGAGGACCACAGAGGAACACAUUCAUUAAGAGGGGCGACCUCCGUGCAGGCGUGAGGUGAAACAGCCUACACGGUGCGUCUUUGAACUGAGAUGGGGAAGGCACUCACUCAUUUCUGUGACUAUCUACAUGGUUUUUGGAGAUGCAGGUGUCUACAGAGGAUGCCCUUACACUGACUGGAUAGAGGCAGUUGGUGGAGACUACUGAAGCCUCCCAACAGCUCCAGCUCUUUAUGGCAAGUGUGGACAGGAGUCCUUCAACAUACAUUUGUCUGCGUCAGGUUUCAGGAUGCGCUCCCUGAGAAAGACAGUGUUGCUUGCCAUCCUGGUGUCUGUGGUGCUGGUGCUGGCCCUCCUCCAUUCAUGGCCCACUCGGGCUUACACCACAGUGGAUGUGUGGCAGCGACCAGGGGCAGUUCUAGAGAGACAUCUGGAGGACAGGCUCCCAGAACCAGACCACAGAUUAGGCAACAUCCCCUUUCACGUGAGAGACAGUGUGGCGAGCUUGUUGGCACGUAACAGAUGUGUGUGUGAGGGUGAGAGUGGAGGAGUAAACCUGCCCUUCGCCCAACUUUUGUUCCCGCGGGUGUCAGCUCACCCGCUGCACACCGCCUUUGAGGCCUCCGAGCUGGAGGAAAUGAAGAGGAGACGGGCCAAAGAGUACAAGAGUUUCCAGGAGAGGUCACAGACACCUGCAGAUGUUCUCAUUGUUGCAGAGGCUAACAAUCCCUUACAGUACCCAACACAGGGGGUGGAGGUACGACCCCUGAAAACAGUCAUCAUUCCAGGCUUGGCCUUACACGACCUUCCCAGAGACUACUACUCAAUAAACAUCUCUGCCACGCUGGGAACGCUGAAUGUGGCAGCGGAGGUAGAUGGGGUGAACAUCAAAGGUGAUGGCGAGAUGCACAUGACUCUGUCCGGCAGCCUCCUGCCGAACCUGAACCGACAGCUGCAGUUUGUCACCUACACAAACACACUGUUCCACCCCAGCACAGCAGACACAGUGCAGUUUGAGACAGAGGGACAUCAAGCCAGCUUCAGUAUCAAGAUUCGGCAUGGUGUGACACCCAAACUGUACAACACAGGAUCCAAGGGAGAAUACAACGUCAGUGCCCUUGUUACCAUAGCAACAAAGACUUUCCUGCGUUAUGAUAAGCUCCAAGAUCUUAUCGACAGCGUGAGAAAAUACUACCCCACUGUCACCAUAGUAAUCGCCGACGACAGCGAAAACCCCAAAACAAUUUCCGGGCCUUACAUCGAACAUUACAUCAUGCCUUUUGGAAAGGGUUGGUUUGCUGGACGAAACCUGGCCGUCUCGCAGGUGACCACAAAGUAUGUUCUAUGGGUGGAUGAUGACUUCAUCUUCACAGCCAACACCAAGCUGGAGAAACUGGUGGAUGUUUUAGAGAGAACCACUCUGGAUCUGGUGGGUGGUGCAGUGCGGGAGGCCACAGGUUACACUGCCACCUACAGACAGACCAUCUCCAUUGAGUCAGGGGAGGAGGAUGGUGACUGUUUACACAUGAGGAGAGGAUUUCAUCACAUCAUCCAAGGUUUCCCCAACUGUGUUGUGACUGACGGGGUCAUCAACUUCUUCCUGGCUCGCACCGACAAAGUCCAGCAGGUCGGCUUUGACCCGCGCCUCACCAGAGUAGCUCACCUGGAGUUUUUCAUCGACGGCCUGGGAUCUCUCCACGUGGGCUCUUGUGAUGAUGUCAUUGUCAACCACGCGACCAAAAUCAAACUCCCCUGGGUCAGCCAAUCAGAGAGCAACAAGGCUUAUGCCAAGUUUCGUUACCCGCCGGCCUCCUCUGAAGCCACCCACACGAAAAAUGGCCUCCUGUUCUUCAAGAACCGAUUUCAGUGUUUGACUCAUAAUUAGCUCCUCUCCUCCUUAUCCCGAGGGUUCCUCUGCUCCUCCUGAGUUGCCAAAGAAGUUCUCUUCCUCCGCCUCUCAGAUCAGAUUUCCGACUUUGGUUAGCCUUUUCUUGAAAACCUUCACGAGAAGAUUCAAGCUUCAGUGUAGAGAAAAUGCGCCUUUAGAGCAGUUUUAGCAUGUUUAUUCUGUCAGUGCUAAAAAAAAGUCUUCAGUGAAUAUGAAGAAGGCCUAGGCUCUCCAGAGAGAAGAGAAUCAGCUGUAGUAACAAACAUCUUGUUUACACAGACCCACUUCAAUCCCAAUAUCAUUUUGAUUAAUUCAAGGAUUCAAAUCGUAUGUGGCGACACACCCUCGACUUGUCGUAACACAGAGACCAAGCUUUUAAAACCCAACAGGUAGCAUCUUUACAGUCUGAGUCAUUCAAGGUUAAUAUGAACAGAGGUACAUGUGUCCUCCUUCAAUUUGCACUAUCCAAACAAUAGCCUGGAAAAGCAAUAGCAGUGUCUGAGGACAAGGGGACACUUCUCGGAAAGUGACAAUCCUGCAGACACAAAGCACACUGUAGGUAUUCUUCUCACCAAUGCCACAUGAAGAACGCAUUCAGAACUUUUCCACCUGCGGUACCUGCACUCUGCGACUGACUCGUUGUGCCAAAGGUUCGGCUGCUGGCUUUUGGGUGUUUUUAUCUCUGUGUGUUCGGUUUUGCCAUCCAUACCCUCCAUCCAUUGUCCUCUGCUGUCUGUCGCUCUCAACAAACAUCUAAACAAGAAGAGGAGGAGCGUUUCUGUCCAGUGCACGCUGAUGAAUGACAAAGACAGUGACUGCAUCUUUUCGUGCUGCCUAAAAGAAAAAGUUGAAUGAACCAAAGUGCAUGUUUAUUUUUCCUCAUCAUAAGAAAAAAAAACUAGCACAUUGAGACAGAAUUAAUGAGAGUUCGAUGGUAAAUUAAAGGAACAGUGUGUAAGAUUUAGGGGGAUUUAGUGGCAUCCAGUGGUGAAGACUGGAGGUUGCAACCAGCUGAAACUUCUCCUGGUUAGAAUUCCUUCAGCGUUUAUUGUUCUGGAUGUUUUUAGCGGUCUCUUCCUCUCCAAAACAAACAGACUUGGUGGUUUAACAGUAAAAACACUAAAUAAAGCAGUUUCAUGUGAAAGAAAUCAGUGUUUUUCUGACACUCUUGUCACAGAAGGGCUAUCGCAAAAAUGUGAAUGGCCCUAUCUGCAGCCAGUGUUUGGUUUGUCCAUUCUGGGCUACUGUAGAAACAUGGUGAUGCCGAUGCAACAUGGAGAUCUCUGAAGAUGAGGACCCACUCCCUAUGUAGGUAUAAACAGCUCAUUCUACGCAAAACAACAAUUUUAUUUUCAAGUGAUUAUACACUAAAGAAAACACCUAUUACAUGAUGUUCAUUUUCUGCCAGUAUAACCCCCUAAAUCCUACACACUGGACCUUUAACCUCUUGAAACACAGUGUGAGUAGUCUGAAAACUGAGGUGAGAAAAAGUCACUGAGAUAAGUCGAGGCUGUGAGGCACUGAUGCUUGAAAACCCUGUUUUUAUACUGACUCUCUGGAGAGUUACUGUAUAUCAAAGACUGACACUCAUGCCUGAAGUGAUGAUGCUGUUGUUUUAUACCAUGGCCUUUAGAUGGCGCCCUUGUAUCACUCUAUUGUUUCCUAAUAAGUCAAAUGACUUUUUAACAGUUAUUUGUUAUUAGCAAAGAGGUGCCAGAGAUUUAUCAGCUGAUUUUUUUUUUUUUUUUAAAUCUUGAGAAGAAUAUUUAAAACUAUUUUUGUGUGAUUCUCUGUCAUGGAUUUUUCUUUUUUGUUUGUUGACCAAAAUAUGACGCUCUGUCGACAGGGGUCAGAAUGAAACUUCAUCAGUGACAGUAUCAUAAAAGACUUUUGUGUAGUGGCGUGUUCAAACAUUUGUUUCAUGUCAGGACUUUGUGACCAUCAACAGAUCUAUAGCUGAGCUUUUUUUUUUUUUUUUAUCAAACGGUGAUGUUUAUUGUGUUUACACAGAACUUUAACUUGCCUGCUUUACCCAAAAACCACUGGCGUGAGUUGAAUGAUCACAGAAUUAUGAGCAUUUUUACUUUAAUUUAUUUUAGAAGUUGACAUAUUAAAAUAUCUGUGGAAACAAA